AGCUUAGGUGGGGCCAACAGGCAAGGGAAUAAGUGGCUUUAACCCUAAACAUGAUUAGCACUGUUAAGAUAAGAUGUUGGAUGCUUAACCACAGCUAUUUGUGUUUUGGGUGGGGCCUGUUUUCCUAUCUCCUGCCAAGAGAAGCCCCUUGCUUGCUGCCAUAUACUGUGGUCUCUGCUGUGUAAGAGAAAAAACUGGAUGCAGAGCUGGACAGCUUAAAAAAAACCUUACUUUUCCUAACUCCUUCUGCCACUGGAUGUUACUCUCCUCAUUAGCUCACAAAGAAAGGGGCUGUAGAACAACAGAGACCCCACUGCCCCAGGCACAGCUGCCAUGCAGGUUGAGAAAGUUGGGUGCUGGAGGAGUGGGCUAGACGGGCCCAGGUCCUGCAGGGAGAAGUUCCUACAAGCUUGGAAUGAAAAGCUGAAACUCCAGCCUUGCCCCAUCUCUCCGCAAGUGCCAAACUGCCCGUCCCCCAGCAGCAUUCCAACCCAGGGGCAGUGGCCUGGGGCUGAGCCUGUACCUUUCUCUCUCAGGGGGGCUCUGCUGCAUCCCAGCUGCCGCCCUGGUGACAAUGCCCUUUACUUCCUGGCAGUGGUGACUGCACUGGACCACUCAGGCUCCACCCCUGUGUCCUUUGUGGCACCUGGGGGCUGCUCCAGGCACACACCCAGAACUCCAGCUGGAAUACGACCCUGUGACAAAGAUCCAGGUCCUUUCUACAAGGAGCUGGCAGGCCUGCCCUUGGCCUGGGAAGGGGACUCUGAGGAGGAGCUCCUCCAAAUCUGUGCUUCAGACUUGCUGCUGGGCUCCUCUCUGAGGAAGAGGCCGCGGCUGUUACCCCCGAACAGGAAGAUGCACGUAGAGGUAUGGAAAAGAAGAUCAGCCUCCCACCCACUGGAGGAGGGUGCGAGAAGCCCGGUCCCUCUGGAGUACAGUCACCUGGUAGAUGCCAUGGUAAUGACAGAGCCCGCCGACAUUUCUGAGGUGGAAUCUUUCUACCGGCAAUUCACCCCCUGGCCAAGGAGACGAGGCUCUUGCAGGAGCACUCGGGCGGCUCACGCCCAGACAGAGAGCGUGUCGCCCGUCAGGGAAGCAGAUGAGGCUGCCCACCUGCAGCACAGGCUCUGGGGAGCGGAAGGCAGUGGCUUCGAGCAGCACUCCAAGAGCAACUGCAAGAGGGCCAUGGCCUCCAUUUCCACCCUCAUCCUGGCUGCCAAGCAGCCCGGAGACACUGCUUGGAGUGAGCACCUCCCACCCAAGAAACGGUACAUCCAGUACUGACUCCAGUGGACAAAUGGGGCUCUUGUUGUUCACUAGGGCCGGCGGGUGUGCUCCUACGACUUCAGUGUAAUGAGGAGUUCUCUCCCAGCCAGAGCAGCAUUCCCUGCAGCAGCACCCAACUCAGGGACUCCUGCUAAGCUGCCCUUUACCUCCAUUUUAAAUAGACCAUUGUGUUUUUUAAAUAAAUCCCUUUUUUAGAUGUCA